GUGACGAUGACGAAUAGCAGGUGUUGCAAUUCUGCAUUAUAACCUCCCACAGACAGCCACGCCAGGGAACCCGGCACAGCCCAUGACGACACGGCAUGCACGAUGCGCCGACUGAGUCUGGCUCAAGAUGCAAUCGCGCCAUCACCACUACCAAGUCGCAAGCGACCAAGAUUGUCGCCUCAGGAGACACCCCUCCCAACGAAACUCACCCAUCGCGACUACGAAAUCGGCUGGAUAUGCGCCAUCCACCCCGAGUUCGCGGCCGCCCAGGCUCUCUUGGAGAUACAUGACACGCUGCCAUCGAGUCCCAAUGACAACAACCACUAUGUUCUUGGGCGCUCGGGUCACUUCAACGUAGUGCUAGCAUGCUUGCCAGCCGGUGGCAUGGGCAUGAACCAGGCCGCCGCCGUCUCUAGCAAGAUGCAGAUGACGUACGCGUCACUUCGCCUACUACUUAUGGUUGGUGUUGCUGGAGGCACCCCCACGGAAGACAACGAUGUGCGUCUUGGCGAUGUGGUUGUCGGGCUCAGUGUCGUACAGCAUGAUAUCGGAAAAACGAUAGAUGGCGGGCGGCUGCAACACACGGGCAACCCUUAUGAUCCACCAUGCAGGAUCACGACGGCACUCACCGCGCUACGGGCUUCAUACGACAUGCGGGGAAGCCAAAUUCCUGCCAUGCUCGAGUGGAUGUUGAAGCGAAAUCCUCGGAUGGCCCACUACACGUCCUGUACCAACCUUGAGGACAAUCUUUUCGUCGGCACAUGCGAGCAUACUGGAUUGGAAAACCCGUGCGCCAUAUGUGUGGGUGAUAGACUCAAAAUACGGCCCCCUCGCCGGCAUCGCGAGCCUGUCGUGCAUUUCGGUGCCAUUGGGUCUGGUAACCAGGUCGUCAGAGAUGCUCCAACAAGGGACCGGCUCGCCCGCAAGCACAAGCUUCUCUGUCUCGAGAUGGAAGGUGCCGCAUUGAAGGGGCAUGAAAUUCCCUUCUUGGUAAUCCGGGGCAUCUGCGAUUAUGCCGACAAGCACAAAAACAAGGAUUGGCAGCCGUACGCCGCCGCAGUAGCAGCAGCCUGCGCAAAAGAAUUUCUGUCAACUUUGCAACCACGCCAGGCUCAUAUAAAUCUUGACCCACAACAAGGUCAUUUACAGAUGCACCGGAACGUCAGUCCUGAAUUCCAUCAAAGUCCUUGCGACGAACCCCUUCCACCAGCCAAGGAUACCAUCCAUGCCCUGAUGGAGUCUUUGAAGUUUGACCAGAUUGACGCCCGGCAAACAAACAUCACUAGUGCGCACGCCAAGACUUGCAGAUGGCUACUGCGCAAGCAGGAAUACGAAGACUGGCUCGAUGUCGCUAAAUUUCAAGAACACCAUGGGCUCUUCUGGAUAAAGGGCAAACCUGGCGCAGGCAAAUCGACAAUCAUGAAGUUCGUGCUCGACAGCUUUCAGAAGAAAAAGGAUCGAACGGUUAUUUCUUUCUUCUUCCACGCUCGUGGCCACCGGAUGGAGAAAUCGCUCCAAGGAAUGUACCAGUCACUACUGCUGCAGCUACUGACGCGGAUUCCUUCACUACAACGUCUGCUGGGCUCGACUUCACUGGCAUCAUCGUCAACUUGGUCACUGGCAUCCUUGCAGGCUCUGAUUCGACAAGCGAUCGAGAACAUCGGCAAGAAUCGUCUCUUGUGUUUGAUCGAUGCGCUCGACGAAUGCGACCCCAGCGAGAUCCGCGACAUGGUGUACUUUUUUGAAGAUUUGAGGACCUUCGCUGCCAGCAACGCUGUACAAUUCCACGUCUGCUUUGCGAGCAGACACUAUCCACACAUUACAGUCCGGAGAGGGGUCGAGCUUGUUCUAGAACGGCAAGACGGUCACGAACAAGAUAUCAAUAGUUACGUGAGCGACAAGCUCAACAUCGGCGACAGCGACAUGGCACAAACCGUUAACAAGGAGCUUCAAGAGAAAGCAGCUGGGGUUUUCAUGUGGGUUGUUUUGGUUGUUAAAAUCCUUAACAAAAGCCACGAUGAUGGGCUCAAUCCCACGGCUCUACGGAAAGAACUCAGCAAGAUGCCCCGAGAUCUGCACACGCUAUUCCGCGACAUUCUAUUACGCGACGGCGAUAAAAGGGAAGAACUGCUCUUAUGUAUGCAGUGGAUCUUGUUCGCUCGGCAACCCCUCUCACCGCAGGAGUUGUAUCUUGCAAUUCGUGCAGGCACUGGCAGCGAGGAAGACAUUUCGACAAAGUGGAAUCCUCGGGAAACCACCUUAGACCUUAUACAGAGAUUUAUUCUCUCUGCCUCGAAAGGUCUCGUCGAGGUCACGAGAACAAGGCGCCCUACCGUCCAGUUCAUACACGAGUCUGUGAACGACUUCCUUCUCAAAGAAAAGGGCUUGCAUGAUGUUUGGCCAGAUUUGAAGACAGACCUCAAAGGCUUGAGUCACGACAAGCUCAAGUUAUGUUGUAUGCGAUAUAUCGAGGCCCAGUACCCGGAAUUCAGCCAUCUUGCACGAGCAACGGAACAGGACUACAAUUCUCGAGAAGAGAAAGCCGUGAAGGCCUUUCCAUUCCUAACGUAUGCUGCAAAAAACAUUUUAUACCACGCUGAACACGCCGAAGCUUCUGGUCUUUCGCAAGUGGCAUUCCUUUCCGCAUUUCCCAAGAAACAAUGGAUCAAACUCUACAACGGCUUCGAGAAGUACGCAGUCCGGCGUUACACUAUGAACGCCAGCAUGCUAUACAUUCUCGCCGAAAAUAAUUCGAGUCAUCUCAUCCGCGCUCAUCCAUCUAAACUCAGCUGCAUCGAAGUUGAGAAGGAGCGAUACGGGCCUCCCCUCUUUGCGGCACUAGCGACGGAGAGUUUCUCAGCUGCCCGUGAAUUUGUGACGGCCCUCUGCUCUAGCAGAAAUGACUCAGACGACCACCCAAUGUCAGACCAUGAUAUUGAGGACAGGAGUCCCGAUUCCGAGAUUCGAAGAGGCUUUGUAUUCAGACAUUCAAUAAGCAUACUACGAUAUCUUGCGAAACAUGGCAACGCAGUUAUAUUUUUUGCCGUCGCCAGGCAUGUGAGCACGAACUAUCUUCAUGCGGACGACUCCGGACGCACUUUUCUGCACUCUGCAGGACACCCGGAGAUUGCAACAUUCCUACUCAAUCAAAAUGCUGCCAUUCAUGCCGUCGAUGAGGAUGGUAAAACGCCCCUUGCUCUCGCAGCAGAGCGGUCUCUGGUACCAGUCGUGGAAACACUGCUUCAACAUGGUGCGGACAUCAACACCCUUGAUCACAACGGGGGAACUCCGCUCAUGUCAGCGGUUCGAUCAUGUUGCGAACCAAUAGUACGAUUACUUCUCCAGCGCGGCGCCAUGAUAGAAGCCGCUGAUGGGAAUGGUUCCACAUCACUCAGUCGUGCAGUACAGCGACGUGAUGUGGCGGCAGUUAGAACACUACACGAGCAUAGUGCUGACGUUGAACCUGAGGACCCUUUUACUCCUGGUACACUUCUACACCAGGCGAUAGCCUCUCACAAUGAGGCUAUUGCGCAACUGCUUCUUGAGUACGGCGCAAUGGUCGACACCAGGGACAGAGCCGGCGAUACCCCAUUGAUGUGCGCAGUGAAAAAUAACCGUGGGUUUUUAGAUGACAAGAUGGCGGAACUGCUGCUGAAGCACGGGGCGUCAGUUCAUACACAAAACCCUCGCGGUGAGACUCCGCUUCAUGCGGCAGCGCGCAACCUGUCUACGUCCGUCGUUCGGUUGCUGUUGAAGCGUGGAGCAGACCCUAACAAGACAGAUUCCAGCGGGAGAUUGCCCAUCCAUCAUGCAGCGGCUGUGCGUUUUGGCCAUGGACAGGGACAGCUUUCUACAGUUGAUAUCCUGCUCAGGCAAGGUGUUGGAGCUGACGCCAAGGAUAGCCAAGGUUGCACGCCCUUGAUGCUUUACAUUCAAGCAGUUUUGUGGCCUCCGAGCACUAGGAUCAUCAGCCGCUUUCUCCGUUGCCGCAGCGCAGCCAACGCUCUAGACAAGGACGGACGUGCGCCGCUCCACUGGGCAGCGGAGUCGCGAUUUGGGGAUGAAGUGAUAAGACAGUUGCUGGAAAACGGCGCCGAAAUUGAUCAGCAAGAUAACAAUGGUAGAACCGCACUCAUGUGCGCAGUGACGGCGGAGGAAUGGGAUAAUGUCCGUAGCCUGCUUGACAAUCGGUCCAGGAUUGACAUCAAGGAUAACACUGGCAACACUGCGCUAGACUUGGCACGAAGAAGUGGAGAUAAGGACAUCGUACAGAUGCUUCAGAACCAUCAUUUGAUGCUCCAAGACUCUGUUUCCCGCGGCCUAUAGUAUUAUCAUUGCAACUAUAACGUAAUCCACGGGCGAGCGGCCCAUAC